AUGGGCACAGAGUUGCCAAAAACUCAAGACUCAAGUGGUGAUACAGAUUCCAACAGUGAUUCUGAGAACAGCAGUUCCAGUGCUUCAUCAAGAAGCGAGUGGGAGUGCUCUGACUCUAAACUGAGUCCAAAUCGCAAGGCACAUUUCUCAGUCACUUCCUGUGACACAGGACUCAAACUCAAAAUUGCUGCUAUUCCACCAAGAAAGGUAUCACCAAAAAGAAUCACCAAACCAAGCACAGCUGCUAAAAAAAAAGUGACCAAUAAUGAAACUCAAAGUAAGGAUAGACCAUCAUUGAAAAAUAAAUCCCAGCUCUCUGAUAGUUCUUCCAGUUCAGAUUCUUGCAGCAAAUGCUCAUCUAAUUCAUCUAGUGAUGAUGAUAUACCUCUCAAGACUGUGUCAAAAAACUUACCAUCGAAAUGUGCUGCUAAGACACCUCCAAAAGUAAAACAAACCAAUAAGAGUGAUAAUGAUGAAGGAAGAAAACAAUGUGAUGUUAAGGACAAUACCACAAAUAUUAAUAACAAAGAUAAACCAAGUGCGACAAAAACAAACAACGUGAAAAAGACUAAAAGUGGUGAAUCAAAUCAUGAUACAACUUUGAAGAGAAGCCGAGGGAGGCCACGAACUAAGCUUGCGUGUCGGCCGUGGUGCACUUCCGGCUCGCCCCCGGGGGCGCUGCGCUUUUUCCUCGUGGCCGGGGGAGGCAUCGGCGUGCGAGGAAAGCGCGACUGGUCGUCACCCGCGCUAAGGAAUUAA